AUGAACCAGGCCUCUCUAUAUCAGCACGCCAACCAGGUGCAACGGCACGAUGCCAAAUUGAUUCUGGACGAGUUUGCAUCCACUUUGCAGUGGCGAUCCGAUGGUGAGGAUGCCCUCUUGGAUGUGGGUACAGGAUCCGGAAAUGUGCUCAUGGAUUUCGUAAAGCCCCUGCUCCCGAUACGAGGCCAACUAGUGGGCACCGACAUCUCCAGCCAGAUGGUGGGCUAUGCCAGCAAGCAUUAUCAGGGGGAGGAACGCACCAGGUUCCAAGUUCUGGACAUAGGCUGCGAGAGGCUGCCAGAGGAGCUGAGUGGCAGAUUCGACCAUGUCACCUCGUUCUACUGCCUGCACUGGGUGCAAAACCUGAAGGGAGCCCUCGGCAAUAUAUACAAUCUUCUCAAACCCGAAGGAGGUGACUGUCUUCUGGCCUUCUUGGCCUCAAAUCCAGUCUACGAAGUCUACAAGAUUCUUAAAUUAAACGAAAAGUGGUCGGCUUAUAUGCAGGAUGUGGAGCAAUUUAUAUCGCCGUUACACUAUAGUGUAAAUCCCGGCGAGGAAUUCAGCAAGUUGCUGAACGAUGUGGGUUUCAUACAACACAAUGUGGAAAUCCGGAAUGAAGUAUUUGUCUACGAAGGUGUCAGGACUCUAAAAGAUAAUGUGAAAGCCAUUUGUCCUUUUCUGGAGCGCAUGCCUUCCACAUUGCACGAAGAAUUCCUGGACGAUUUCGUAGACAUUGUGAUAUCCAUGAAUUUGCAGCAAGGCGAAAAGAAUGAGGAUCAAAAGUUUUUAUCUCCCUAUAAACUGGUUGUAGCCUAUGCUCGCAAGACUCCAGAAUUUGUAAAUAAGGUGUUCUUGGAAUCGCCACAUCAAAACAUGUUAAGGGGAAUUAAUUAGUCGUUUUGGUUAGCCUAGUAAGGAAUCAGAGAUAAUUGAAUUUUUCAGAGUCUAUUAAUGCCAAAUAAUGUACUUAACUUAAUAUUUAAUAGGUAUACAAAGUUCCUAGAAGUUGUCACACAUAUGUAUAAUACAUAUAUACAGUAAUAAAAAGCUAACAUUAAAACGUAUGAAAUGUUAUUACACUUAGAUUUGUAAAAUCCAUGAAAUGUUUCAACAUAAUUUUAAUAUCCUAGAAUUUGUUAUAUAUACAUUUUGUUUAUACAUAUCAUUUGAAUUAUUUGUUUUAUAUUGUAAUAAAUAAU